AUGACUAUCGACGCGACCGCCUUCCUCAAUCGCCUUGCAGGACCCACCUGGGAGGAGGUCCAGGAGUGCCUUUUGAGCGAGAACACGUCCUAUGGUAUUCAGGUUCUGUACCGCUGCAUGUUUGCGGUCCGAAGCAAGGCUCCCUCCCAGAAGCACGGCAUCGAUAUUCUCCGGCAGGCCUUGAAUCACGACGAUUCGUCGAGGGCGACCGUAAUACCAAGCAGAAAGCGAAGUAGUGAAGAGGCAAACCAGGAACAGGAAGGCAGCGAAAUAGAAGUUGGGCCGACAAAGCAGCAGAAGAUAAUUUCUUCCGAGCAGAAUCAGAAAGCCGCCAGGCCAGACAAGCAGUCGAUUCUGUUCCGGCACGAGUGUUGCUACUUGCUCGGCCAAUUUGGGGCCGAUGUGGAGGAAUUCGAGCUGAAGCAGCAGGCGUUUGAGUCACUGCUGCAGGUCUUGGACGAUGCGACUGAGGAUGAGGUCACUCGGCACGAGGCCGCGGAAGGAAUUGCGGCGAUUUUCAACAAUAACCUGCGAGACGAGGAUGAGGAAAGGAUUCGGGACUAUUUCCACAAGAUUUACACGCAGCGCACGAGAAUACAUGGUGCGGCUCUGACGUCGGCACUGCUUGGAGAUGAUGAAGAACUAGAACGCCAAGAAGACCACGAAGAGCUGGACUCGCACUUGACUUUUGCGCCGGAAAGGAACGAGUUCGCAGACGCACCAAGCCCUUCUUCUAACACCUACGAAGCAACUGCGGACACGGACGAGGAGCUCGAAGAUGAAGUCUCACCUCCCAUAGAAGCAGAAACACCCAUCAUUGAUGCGGUGAAAGAGAAAACAUUAUUUGUCAGCGACAGCACCAAAAGUGCGAAGACACUGAUGUUUCGGCGACGAAAUGACACCUUGAUCAAACUUCUCGAGCAGUACGUUUUGCCUAGUGAAGGAGGAGCCUCGGAAAUAGAGAGCCGAAUGUCCUCGUCUGGUUCCACUACAAUGUCUCCGACCAGCCAACGGCCUUUGACCGCUCUGAGCCAAACCUGCUAUUUGGCCGUGGAGGGCUUGCGGCGCGAAACCGCCCGCGUCUGCGCUUGCCAGUUUGCCAGUUACGACCCGGCGCUCGGCGAAGCGAAUGCGACCAAACAAGACAUUCCGCGAUUACUGGCAACGCUUUCCGACCCCAAGGUCGAACUGUUUCAGCGCUACAUUGCGAUGUUCACACUGCGGAAUUUGAACGCUGUGCAGCCGCUGGGCGAGGCGCUCUUGUCUGACCGGUCCAGUCCGGUGCUGCGGCACGAGAUCGCGUUCAUCCUGGGCCAAAUCGAGUCCGAGGAGGCCGUCCACUUUUUGGCGGAAAACCUAAAUUUGCCGCACAACGCGGAACACGGCAUGGUGCGACACGAGUCCGCUAUCGCGCUCGGCAGCAUCGGCGGGGAGAGCGCGAAGGAGUGGCUCCGCCGUUUCUGUCACGACCCGGACGUGCUCGUGGCGGAGAGCUGUUUGGUUGCGCUAGACACAAUCCACUACUGGGAAAUGUGGGAACGAGAAGAGGAACGCAUACUCAACCAAAGAUGAAAAUUUGACAAAGCAGAGCGACCGCGUUUUCAGCGACCUUUUCAAGAAUAC